AUAAAUUUUGUGACGAGACCACCACUGUGUGCUCUGUGUGCGAUAUGUUAUGCUCGGCUUAAAAAAAGAGGAAAUUUUCUGUACAAUUUCAUUGGAAGUAAGAAUAUCAAUCCAAGAAAAUAUAAAAAUUUCGAAUCAAUUUUCAAAUGAGUGUUUGUCUGAAUGCCAUAUCAGAAGUCAUUAACGUAGUAAAUUACUGUGCGCUUGGAUGCCAAUAUACAAAUACAAAUUGUGAAACGAUUCUAUUGUGAUCGGAAUCGAUCAAAGAAAAUUAAAAAUAAUUAUCUCGUAAAAACAAAGGUGGUUUGAGUAUAAUAAAGGUAUCAAAUUCUUCAUUUAUACGUAUCGUCAGUGUAUAACCAAUACAAUUGAAAUAAAGUUUCACCAAUACGAAUACAACAAGUGAAUAAGUAGUACAAUCAAACUUAUUUUCCGUUUUUUUUUGCUGUAUUUUCCUUUUAUUUUGCUAAAUCGUUGGGAUUUUCUUUGUUCAUCAACUGAAUUUAUUCGGUCGGUGGUGUUUGUAAAUCAAACAGAGACUUUUUGCUACAUAAUAUACCAAAUAAAUAUUCUAAUCAUUUCGGUUAAAGUGAUUCGGUUUUCUCGGUAUAUUGUUGAGUCCGCUUUACACCAACACACUGUUUCUGUGUAACGUUUUUUCGCCUCAAACUUUUCACAUUAUAUCUUUGGCGUGUGUGUUAUUUCAAUUAUGGUUUUUGAUUUAUGAUUAUUAGUGUGAACGAGAACUCAAAUCGGAUAAAAUGUGGCUCAAUGGAUUAUCGCUUCUAACAAUAUUGAUUGUAGCUGCCAAAUGCUCCGAGGCAGAAUUAUCAAUAGAAGCUGUAUUUCAAGGACGAUGUGGCCAUGGAAGUCCUUGCAUGCAACUUUGUUACGAACUCCACGAUGGCAUGUACGAAUGCGAUUGUACCGAAGGAUAUGAAUUAAAUCGAAACGGCUAUAGCUGUCAAGAGAUAAAUUCCACAUUUCCACCAAAUGAACUGAAUGACAAAGCCGAGGAUGAAACAGAUGUUCUGUAUCAAAAGGGAGCCUCGUUUAGUGCAAAAUUAGACAGUUCCGAUAUAAUAAGUAAUCAUUUAUUCGACGAUACCAAUGUGUCGGACGAUAGUGAUUCGGACGAGAACUUUAUGAAUAGCAUAGUAGCCCCAUCAAAUAAAGUGAAUAAACCGAGUGAUAAAUUAACAAAAACGACCACCCAAACAACAACAACAGCAGCAGCAGCAUCAGCAUCACAACCAGAAUAUAGUUCUAAAACGACCACAUUAAUCGAUUCGCUGCAAAUUCUGCCACACAAUGAACGUCGAAGCAGUAGCAGUAAAAGUGAAAUUACCUAUUAUUCCAAAGAGGACAUGUCUGUUUAUGACGAUGUGAACAAUAAUCGAUUAAAUUUAAGAAGUCCAAACUCAAUUUAUCAAGACAAUUUGGCCUCAGAUACGAGUGAUUGGGAUAUCCAUAAUAAUAGUUCAAAGGGUUCAGUACACUAUCAGGUGGACGACGAUAUUGUUAAUAGAAUAUCUACCACAAAACUUCCGUCGGAAACAAUUACAAGGGUUGAUAGUCUUUCAGAUAACAAUGGAACGACUGUUAUAUCGGACAAAAUGGUUUCAAAGGCGCCUUGUUUACUGGAUUGUGGAUUGGAUGGAAAAUGUGACAACAUCAUUGGCGAUGCUCGGUGUUUAUGUCCAUUUGGAAAAUCUGGUGUGAAAUGCGAAGAGAAUAUUAAAGUCAACAUUCCGCGAUUCAGUAAAAAAUCUUGGAUGUCAUUCCCAGCUUUACGCGGAGCGUAUAAGCAUGUUCAGCUUCACAUUGAAUUUCGUCCGGAAUCGUACGAUGGAAUAAUUUUGUUAACUGGCGAACGGGACGAUUUAACUGGAGAUUUUAUGGCAGUGCUAAUACACCAAGGCUUUAUUGAAUUUUGGUUCGACUGUGGCUCCGGAACUGGCAGUGUCAAGUCACAAGAGACAGUGAUAUUGAACCAAUGGAACUCAAUCACAGUAUAUCGACAUCGGUGGGACGCUUGGCUGCUGCUGAACGAAGGAGAGAAAGUCCAGGGCAGGUCGAAGGGACUUUUCUCCCGAAUCACUUUUCGCGAACCGGUUUUUCUUGGCGGAACGGGAAAUAUAACUGGAUUAGCGACAAAGUUGCCGGUAUUCGACGGCAUGACAGGUUGCAUUCGGAAAUUUAUUGCCAACGAACACGAAUAUAAUUUUACACCGGCAACGUCUGGCGAUGUUACAAAUGGGUUUGAUGUUCAGGAAUGCACCACGGAUCGGUGUGGCCGAUAUGAAUGCCAUCAUGGUGGAAAGUGUUUACCGUCCGAUCAAGGGGCGGUUUGUUUGUGUCCAUUAGGUUUCGGAGGUGAUUUAUGCGAAAUGCGACUUGAUUUAAUGGUGCCUUCGUUCAACGGUUCGUCCUAUUUGAGAUACGCUGCUAUUGGAGACUCAUCGCUAAUAUGGUUUGAGUUGAAGAUGAUCAUAAAACCGCAACUUGAAGACGGACUUCUACUUUAUAGUGGACACCACGAAUACGGCGACUACAUUUUACUGUGUCUGAAUAUGGGCUUCGUCGAAUUUUCAUUCGAUUUAGGCAGCGGACCAGCUGUUGUAAGGAGUGAACUUCCGCUUUCAAUGGGUCAUUGGCAUGUUAUUAAAAUAUCACGCACUGCUCGUCUAGCCGUUUUAAAAGUUGAUCAACUUCCGGAAAUAAUGACAAUAUCUCCGAAUGGAUUUUGGCAUUUAUCUUUACCACAUAGUUGGUUUUUGGGUGGCAUACAAAAUAUCCAGAAUUUGCCACUCAAUGUCAGAGAAAGAGGAUCGUUUGUCGGUUGUAUACAAAAGGUUGAAUUAAACGGUCGCCCCAUAUCAAUUAUAUCCGAAGCACUGGGUGGAACAAAUGUCGAUAAUUGUCCUCAUGCAUGUGUUGCACGUCCAUGCGGACCAUUAGCAAAAUGUGUACCGCACUUGGAAAAUUAUGAAUGCCAAUGUAACCCAGCAAAUGCACUGUGCAAUAAAGCUGAAGAAUUGUCAUCCGAAUCCAUUUCAAUGGUUAAACAAGUUAAAUCAACCGAAUCGAUAAACCGUAAAGCAUCAACGAACGGAUUGAUACCAGACAUUACUACACCGCAUUCGACAGUAACUUUAUUGGAUGGUAGAGUCGUGACACAAGAAACCAUGUCACAAAUCAAAUAUCGAUCAGAUAAUCCAUUCCAGUCAUCGACUGAAUCACCUUCCGGUGGUAAUGUUGUCGACACACAUUUGUUAACGAAAAACGACAACAACAACGAUGAUGGUGAUGAUGAUGAUGACGAUUAUUACGACGACGAUUACAACGAUGAAUCCGAUAUCAGCAGCAUUAACAAAAACCGUGCACACGUAUCGUCGUUAACGAAUGGCAAUAGCUAUAAUCCAAACGAAAACGAGUUCCUAAUUAACCAGGAGUACGCGACGGAUUUACCAAAUUCGUACAAUGGCUUGGAUCGGCUAAACAAUGACGGCGAUGAAACACAACAUGCGUCUCAUGUUGUGGGCAGAUACAUGUCCGUUGACAAUGAACAAUUGCUGAAAGAGGAUCGUCAAGCUAAUGAGGAAAUAUUGAAAAAUAAACUCGCCAUCAAAAACACUAAAAACAAGAAGCCAAUUACGUAUGAAUUGGAUCGGAUAUCAUCAGCGGGAAGUAGUAGUGUGGGCGAAUAUAUGACCGAAGCGCAAAUCGAUGACGAGACGAGCAUUAAUUUCUAUUCCGAAGACGAUGCGCUUACUACAAAAGAGCUGAUUGAUGAUAUGGAACGAAUUAUGAAAAAUGGUGAGCAUAUACGUGCCGAGGAACGGCACCGGACGAAAAACGUGAAAAAAUCGCACGGAGCAUGUUUCACCGGCACCGAUAGCUAUUUCCAUUACAAUGACGCUGAGACAAUGAGGGAAAUUAUUAGCUAUAAAAUCGAUUUGAAUUUGAGAUUUAAAACACAUUCGAUGAACGGUUUGAUUUUAUGGACCGGAAGGCAUAGUGCCUUGGAGGAUGAUGAUUAUUUAUCAUUGGGAAUUGAGAAUGGCUACCUUCAUAUGCGAUACAAUUUAGGUUCGGGGGAAGUGAACAUUGUGUAUAAUACGACCCGCGUUAGCGAUGGUUUAUGGCAUCGAAUACGAGCGUUACGAAGCCUACAAGAAGGAACGUUAGAGGUGGAUGGUGGGCGGACUGUAGUCAAGAGAUCACCAGGAAAGUUACGACAAUUAAACACUGAUACUGGAUUAUAUGUCGGUGGAAUGCCAGAGGUUAUGUUCUACACAAGACGAAGGUAUUUAUCGGGAAUCGUAGGAUGCAUAUCAGAAAUAGUUCUAACUGGAGAAUUAAGACUAAGCCUUAACCCCGAAAAACUUGGUACUGCGCACAACGUUGAACCCGGUAUUUUUUGAAAAUGUCCGUUGCUACUACACAUUUAAUUUAAAAAAAAAUGAAAAAUUGAACAUCAAAAGAAGUAAUUAAUUUUGAGAAAUUUUUGUUGUUUUGUUUCUUUUGAUACGAAAAUUGUAAUUAAAAUUUAGCACAGAGAAAUGAAUUAAACUAGAAAAACUGGAAACGGUUGGACUCUAUCGACUGUCACAUCAAUGAUUUCUAAAUUAGACUAAUUGUUUUGAUUUUUAGAGAAAAAUAGAAAUUAAAAACCAAAAUUUUUUGAGAAUGUAGAAGAUGAUAUGUCGGAAAACAUCAAUUAAAAUUAUCCAGUCAAUUGAUCAAUUCGCUAAAAUCCAGAUACCUGAAAGACGAGAAACGGUGAAACGAUAAAACAACUAAAAUCCAAAAGUGAGAAGACGAACAAAGAUAAAUUAGUAAAAAAAAACUUAAUUCGAAAUGUUCAUAUCAAAUGCAUGGCAAUAAGACAAAAGAAUACUUGAAACUCCCAUCAGCAAGUAGAGGUGAAUGAAAAUAAAAAUAUCAAGUGAGUGCAGCGGAUGAAUCAUUAUUACAUCCUUUUCCCUCAACGGGAGGGUGUUCAUUCGUCGCGAAAAUACUUAGUAAAUAUUUAAGCAUUUUGCUACUUCAUUUGUCGUGUCGUCGACUGAAAGACAGGCAAAAUAAAUGAGAAGAGUGCAAAUACAGUUCUUGCCACAUUUUAUUCAACGAAAAAUUGCAUAAAGCUUCGCUGUGUUCGUAUGCUGGUCGCACUGAUGAUAAUCUCGGAUUAGAUUCAGAAUCACCACAGAUUGCACCACUUUUCUUGAGCGGAUUAAAGUUUUCAUUUUAACUUACAAUUAUUGCAAAUUUCGUGUUUGUGGACGAACCUGGACCGUUAAUUCGAGAUUUCUAUCGGUAUCUUGAAAAGUUUCCUCGAACUAACUGUUCGAAAUCACUUCAUCGACAAUUUGUUACAAAUCUACCACAUCCGCUUUUCUUUCAAAAUUAUAUCCAGAAUCGAUGCAAAAGUUUCCCAAUACUUCUUUUUUUUUCUAGUAUCAAAAGCCUCCCCGAGGUGGUUCGUAUAUAUCAAUGGAAAUUUCUGACGAGAAAAUAAGCAAAAUGUAAAAGCACCACACCAGUUCGCAAAUGCACUUUUGUCGAUAUUUUUGCUGUGUGUACAGAACACUUCUAUUCGUUGGGAAUAACUUUUGUUACCAAAUGCCAUUAUUAAGAAGUGUAAACACACACAAUGUGUUACGUGCAAUGCGUUUAGAUGAAUGAUUAGGAAAUAAAUUCAAUAGCAAAAAAAGAGAGAAGAAAAUGUUACAACAAACACACAAAAAAAAUGUAAAAUGUAUACUGAUUCAUGUCGAAAAUGUCCGUUUAUUUUUCAAGUGCAAACGUUGGCUUUGAGUGUAAAACUAUCCCCUUUUUAACGGAAAUUUGUCAAGAAA